GCACGGGGCAGCACGAAUAUCGCUUAUGCAACAAACGUGGCCGUUUGGUAGAUUGAAAUAUUCUGAAACCAUCUAUUGUGGGAACGACAGUCGUGAAUACCUCGAAAUGGAGACGGAAUGCGUUUAUACGACAGUGCGUCUUGACGAGAGGGCUAUGCCCUGCGGUGUAUCUACUGCGAACUCGGAGAUCCUGUCUGUACAGAAUCACACUCUGUCAGGUUCCACUGAAGACGACCCUGAUCUUACCUUCUUCGUGGUGUACGUCUUUGCGAUAUUGUUGCCUCUGUCGCUCUUCAUUGUCACCGGGAAUAGUGUGGUUGUUUUCGCCGUCUGUAAUUCCAACGCGUCAGUGGUACUACAGAAGGCCACCAACAUGUUUGUCGUGAGCCUAGCCGUGUCGGAUUGCCUGGUAGGCGUCUCACUCGUACCCGUGUUCUACCUCGGCAUCUUCAUCGACAGCCUGAAGUCCAGUUUCUACGUCUGCUUGGUCAUUACGUCUUUCCUGCACGUGUCGUGCGGAAUCUCCAUGUUGCACGUGCUGGGCAUCGCGGGCGACCGUUUCGUGGCCGUCAUGUACCCGCUGUUGUACCACAGUCACAUGACCCAGCGUCGGACUACCAUUGCAGUUGCUCUGACCUGGUGCCUAGCUAUCGGCGUGGGGCUGACGCCAUACUUGGGCUGGAGGAAACCAGCACGCAAACUGGAGUUCUGCUACAUCGACCAGGUGCUUCCUUUCAGCUAUGUCUUGUUCUCGUUCAUUUUGACGUUUGCUGUUCCGCUCUUUGCGAUGGCGGUCAUAUACACAAAGAUCACGCUGGCGGCUCGACGGCACGUUCGACGCAUCGCAGCGCUUUCAGCUGCACCGGUGAGCCGGUCCGUUGAGUCUGCGUCUCGAAAGGGAGAUGGCCAAAGCAGUGUAGUGGUCAAAUCGCAGAAGAUUUUCUCCGUUGGGGACAUGAAGGCCAUCACGACGACGGCCAUCGUGGUGGGUGUUUUUGUCCUGUGUUGGUUGCCCGCCUACGUCUUCAACUUUGUCAUGCACCACCGCAACUCCGUCAGGCCGGCUGGUUCGGAGUUGCUUCGCUCACCCUUAGUCGAAGCAGCUCUCAACACACUGGCCUUCAGCAAUUCCGCCGUCAACCCUAUCAUAUACGCCUAUCGCUACAAGGAGUUCCGACGGGGAAUCAGGAAGGUGUUGGCAAGAUUCUGCCGUCGGGUUUGCUUCAGUGUCUGCGCGAUAACCGUCGAUUCGAGACAGAAAAGACAACCCACAGUGAUCAACUUGGAACAAAUAACCGUCAACCCGUCGUCGGAGACGAUCGGACACAGACAAAACUCUGGAUACGCGUUCUCGUAA